ACCGCGACUCGCCCGCUCAUUGACAGAAAGAGAGAAGAGACCAAGGAGCUUGCUUGCGUCCUCCUCCGAGGAGAGAGAGACAGAAACACAGGAGAAAAAAAAAGUCCCAAAAGAAGAGGAGGAGAAAGAGAGACGAGGCGCAUCGCGAGUGGACGCGCAGCAGCAGCAGCUCGGACGGUUCCGAGCGUCACGGAUGUGCUGUGAAAGUCGCUCAGCGGUGCUCCGCCUCGCUGCUGCGCCGCCCUCGCAGACCCGUUCGAGAUCUUUGGCGACGUGACUCCCGGCCGCCCGGUAGGCCGCCCGGUAGGCCGCCCGGCAGACAUGGACGCCAAGGCCGCCCGCACGCUGCGAGCCGCGCUGCACAUCUUCCUGACGCUCCAACAAGUCGGAGGCUACACGUACAGGAACCAGCGCAAGUUCACCGAAGACAUCGACUGGUCGUACGACGGAACGCUGAACCAGAACAACUGGGCCAAGAAGUUCCCGUCGUGCAGCAACGCCAAGCAGUCGCCCAUCGACGUGGAGGAAAACCUGGCCCAGGUCGAACUGCGCUACCAGAAACUGCAACUGGAUGGCUGGGAGAACUUGACGGGCCAGCGUACCACCAUCAAAAAUGACGGCAAGACCGUGGCGUUGGACGUGGACGGCGACUUCUACGUCGGCGGCGGCGGCCUGGUGUCAAAGUUCAAGGCGGGGCGCAUCACCUUCCACUGGGGUCGCUGCAACGCUUCCUCGGAGGGCUCCGAGCACAGCCUGGACGGCGUCAAAUACCCCUUGGAGAUGCAGAUUUACUGUUUUGAGCCGCAGCGCUUCGACUCUUUCCACCAAACUGUCAAGGCUGGGGGCCGAAUCACGGCCCUGGCUGUGCUCUUUGAGGCGAGCUUGGAGGAGGACAACGCCAACUUUGCCGCCAUCAUCGACGCAAUCAACAGCGUCAGCCGAUACGGUAAGAGCGCCCAGGUGUCGCCCUUCCGGCCGCGUGCGCUCCUGCCCAACUCGACAGACAAGUACUUCAUCUACAACGGCUCGCUGACCACGCCGCCCUGCAGCGAGACGGUGGAGUGGAUCGUCUUCAAGAACACCGUUUCCAUCUCGGCCGAGCAGCUGGAAGUGUUCUGCGAGGUGAUGACCAUGCAGCAGGCGGGUUACGUGAUGCUGAUGGACUACCUGCAGAACAACUACAGAGAGCAGCAGCGCAACUUCAUGGGUCAGGUCUUCUCCUCCUACACGGGCACAGAGGAGCUCCUCACGUCAGUGUGCAGCUCGGAGCCGGAGAACGCGGAGGUGAGCGCCUACAACGUGAGCAGUCUGCUGGUGACGUGGGAGCGGCCGCGGGCCGUCUACGACUCCGCCAUCGAGAGGUACUUGGUCAGCUACAAAAUGGCCGACGCGGAGGACGCCGCACGCUCGGAGUAUCUGACCGACGGAGACCAGGAUGUGGGUGCCAUCCUCGACGAGCUGGUGGCCAACUGCAGCUACGUGGUCCAGGUGGUGGCGGUGUGUGCCAACGGCCUUUACGGGCGCGUCAGCAACCCCCUGACCUUCACCGUGCCCGUCGACGGCCCCGGAAAUAGCCUGAUCCCGGAUUCCAUUGAAUUCGAUUACGAGGAGGAGAACUACCCACCGGACCCGUGGUCAAAUGAAUCUGUGCAAACGGAAGAUUAUGUUCAGGCUCGGACUCCGACAAAACCGCCUGCAACCUCGACUUCAGUACCAUCCCGCCACUCGAUGCAACAAAUAGAGUCGACGACCGUUGCCACAACUUUUUCUCAGCGUACGACCUCCAGUAUGGAGGCCUCCAGCACGGAGGCCUCCAGCAGGUCCUCAGGCACCACUCCUCUGUACGGAAACGCAAGAGACCACCAGGACGGGGUCAAGCAAAAGUCCUCGGAAAACAGUAAAGCGGCCCUGAAUUCAACGGCGCCGACAGUAAGCGGUUCUUGGAUGAAAGGGGCGGAGGGCACCGCCACUGCGUCGAUCUCAAAUAAUACCAUGACAAGACCGAUCGCGGCAACCAUGAAAAAGAGCUUGACGACUAACGUGACAAUGGCCAUGAACAGGACGACAGCACUGACGACAAAAACGACCAAAAUCGAAAUGACAACCACGAGCCGGCCACUGUCCAAAACCACGCUCAAGACCACCACCAUGAAUACGACAACGGAAACGACUCCAUUUUCAGCUGCAAACAAAACCGUGGCUACGAAUGAGACAACCGCAGUGACGACAAACACGACCACAACCGUGAGCCCGCCAACGAACAACACCAUUGGUCUGACCGGGCCAACGACCAAAACCAUGAACGAGAUCACAACCAUGAAUACGACAACUGAAAUGACGACAAAUCCAACCGCAAACGGGACCAGGACCAGGACCAGGACCAUCCCAAUGACCAAGACCACAACCACGAAUAUGACAAUGGAAAUGACCACCAAGCCAACCGCAAACAAGACCACGACCCCUCCAACGAACAAAACCACAACCAUGACCGCAACAUUCACCGAGACCACGAACAAGACCGCAACCAUGAACACGACAGCAGAAGUGACGACUAACACAACCGCAAACAAGAUCACAAACGGGACUACGACCACGACAGUGUCGACAAACACGACCGCAACCAUGACCCCGCCAACGAACAACACCACUAGCAUGACCAAAACCAUGAACAAGAUCACAACCACGAAUACAGUGUCGACAAACACGACCGCAACCACGACCCCGCCAACGAACAACACCACUAGCAUGACCGGGCCAAUGACCAAAACCAUGAACAAGAUCACAACCACGAAUACGACAAUGGAAAUGACCGCCAGUCCAACCGCAAACAAGACCUGGACCCCGUCAACGAACGAAACCACAACCACGACCGCACCGUUCACCGAGACCACGAACAAGACCAUGAAUAUGACAAGGGCAGUGACGACGAACGCAACCGCAAACAAUAUCACAACUUCACACGAGCCGAUGAACAAAACCCCCACCACGACCCUGAACCUGACCAAUUUGAGCGACUUCACCAUCACGCCAACGUCCGUCCACGCGGACCCGCGCAAAGGUCUGACCGCACCCGAAACAGACGAUGCAAAUAGACUCGGUGAUGAUGACGGGGUCGAGGCCCGGGGCCGACCCCGCGGACAAUCUCCUCCGCGAGGGCCUACAGCUCCCAGCAUGCCUUAUUUUUCAAACACAAAGACUUCGGUGUGGCAGAGCGGCGUACUUUUGCAGACCACGCCACCGCUCUCGAAGGGUGAGCGCCACUCUGUCCUCGCCCCUUCUUCCCAUCUGAUUGAUGUCAUGAGCCCCCACCCCAGGCUCCGGCCUGUCCCCCCUGCCCGCUUGCAUGAGCUCACCCCUUCCUCCACCCCGGACGCCGCCCCGCUGCCUCGCCAAAUCCCCGCUUCUCCCAACUCUCGCCCCGCUCCCUCUUUCGCUGACGGCUUGGCAUCUUUCUCAUCGAGAGACCACUCGGAGGUGUCGGAAUUGGGGGGGUCCCUCCCAGAGGUCUCCGUCUCCCUCAGCUCCACGAUGGGUGCCGGCACCCCGCCGCUGCCUCGCCAAGACCCUUCCUCUCUUCCCUCGCUCUCUUUCGCCAACGAGUUGGCAUAUUUCUCUUCGCGUGACCUCGCCGACGUGUUAGAAUGGGGGGCGUCCCUCUCCGACGCGUCGCUUUCCCUCAGCCCCACCUUGCGGCCGUCGGUUCUCCUCUCUAGUGACGACCCGCUUUCUGCCGCCACUCCCGGUCUGAUGCCAUCAUUGGCUAACGAAGUGGAGCUCUUGGGAUACGGGACAGGAAGUACGGCUGACUCCUUCCCGCCGGAGGGUGGUGAUGCCGCGUUCUCGGAUGCCAUAUGUGGUUGCUCCCUGGAGCCCUCUGUGUCCUGGCCCCAAGCCCCGCCCCACGAACCCCUUGGGGCCGCAACCUCAGGUGUUGGUGUGGAUCUUCUCUUGAGUUCUUUGGGUGUCCUUGUGAGUUCUUUUUCUGGGGCGGCUUCUGGUGGGCUGGUGGUUCCGCUCUCGCCCUCUUUGCCAGCGCCCGACUUCCCAAUGGCCACUCGCAGUGCGCCGCCCCUCUCUGUUGCAGCCGCCACAUCGGAGCAUGCGAUGUUGCCAUCGCUGCCUUUCGUCCCCGUGACACCCACUUCCUCGCACCCCAGUAGUGGCGUCUCAGGGUCUGGCGUAGACCAGGACUGGGAUGGCGUCGAGGUGUCGGCCUCGGGUGAGAGCGCCCAUCCUCAUCCCACGGACCCCCCUUUCGUCACUUUGGAGUCUGGAGACGACCGCUCCUCGGCGUUCUAUUUUGACGGCGAGAGCGGGAGCUCCGCCGGAUCUGGGCGAGGGGGCACCGCCUCGCCGAGCGCGCCCACUCUGCCCUCACCCAUCUCUCCCGAGGAGAGCGGCUCGGGUCAGGCUGAGAACCUGUACGACAACGACACCUCCUCGGACUUCAGCAUUCCCGAGCAAACUCGGCGGGAGUCGGAAAGAGAGGAGGAGCCAGUGGCAGACGUGAGCAACAGCAGCCACGAAUCUCGCGUGGGCUCCAUCAGGGACGGCGAGAGGAAAGCGGUGGUCCCCCUGGCCGUCAUAUCCACGCUGACGGCCCUCGGACUCGCGGUCCUCAUCGGCAUCUUGGUCUACUGGAGGGUGUGUUUCCAGACGGCGCAUUUCUACGUGGACGAACGCGCCUGCCCCCACGUCGGCGACGCGGCCGCAUUCGCAUCCGACCCAAAAGCGGCACUUCCUGUGGAAGAUUUUGUCCAACACGUCGCCGAGCUUCACCGAACGAGCGGAUUUCAGCGCAAGUUUGAGCUGCUCAAGGAAAGUUAUGAGGAGGUGCAGGCACGCAAGGCGGACGUGGCCAUGACCUCGGAGACGUCCAACCAUCCCGACAACAAGAGCAAGAACCGAUACAGCAACAUCCUGGCUUUCGAUCACAGUCGAGUGCGGCUGUCGGCGGCCGUGGCCGACAAGGACGGACGCUGUCGAGAUUACAUCAACGCCAACUUUGUGGACGGCUUCAAGAUGCGCCACGCGUACAUCGCGGCUCAGGGUCCGCUCAAGUCCAGCACGGACGACUUUUGGCGGAUGAUCUGGGAGCAGAACGUCGGCGUCAUUGUGAUGAUCACCAACCUGCUGGAGAAGGGACGCAGGAAGUGCGAUCAGUACUGGCCCAGCGACGCACGCGAGGACUACGGCGGCCUGGCGGUGGCGCUCAAGAGCAUCCGAGAGCUGGCCCACUACACUCGGCGGACCUUCGCCGUCACCGACACGCAUGGGAAAAAGGGUUCUCAGACGAGGCGAGUGGUCACGCAGUACCACUACACGCAGUGGCCCGACAUGGGCGUGCCCGACCACGCCCUGCCGCUUCUCAACUUCAUACGCCAGUCGUCACGAGCCAGGACGGCAAAUAUGGGCCCGGUGGUGGUGCACUGCAGCGCCGGCGUGGGCCGAACGGGCACCUACUUGGUGUUGGACAGCAUGCUGAGGCAAAUGAGGCAAGAGGACGCCGUGGACGUGGACGGAUUCCUCCGACACAUCCGCACGCAGAGGAACUACCUGGUCCAGACGCAGGAGCAGUACGUGUUCAUCCACGACGCCUUGGUGGAGGCCAUUUUGUGCGGCGAUACGGAGGUGGCGGCGUCGCGGCUUCACGCCUACGUGGAGCGGCUUCUGACUCCGCUGCGUGAUGGCAACACGCCGCUGGACCAACAGCUCAAGCUGCUGAACACGGAGGCGACAAAUGGCGACGACUGCGCGACCGCACUUCACGACGGCAACCGCCAAAAGAACCGAAGCGACCCAAAAGUGAGAAGUCCCCUGAGCGUAAACCCCAAAGAAGGACGUGAUCUGGAACAGUCAGUCAAGUCACGCGUGUGUGUGUGUGUGUGUAAAUGUCAUAUUGCUGUUUUUGCUCAGGAUGAAGAGGAGGAGGCGGAGCCGUGCGCGUUCUGGCCAGGGAAAGGCGAGUCACUCAGCUGGGAGACGUUGACUGUCACUCAAACGUGCGAGAACGUCAUCUGCUUGGCCAACGAGGACAUGCUGCUCGUUCACCACUUGGCCGUGCAUGUCGCGCAGGAUGACUUUGUGGCCGAGGUCCGCCUGUACCGCGCCCCGCGCUGGCCCGACCCCGACUGCGCCAUCAGCGACACCUUCCUGCUGGUCCCCCUGGUCCGGGAGGAGACCUCCACCCAGGAAGGAGCUACCGUGCUCGUCGACCGCCUGGGCGGAGUCACCGCCGGAACCUUCUGCGCGCUGUCAUCUCUGAUUGGUCAGCUUCGCGAUCGGCGAUGCGUCGACGUCUUCGGAGCAGCCAGGAUGACCAACCUCGCCAGGCCCGGAACCUUCCGCACACGCGACCACUUGGAGUUCCUAUACAAGGCCCUGUUGAGCGUGCUGGACGAGCCAGGCGGCCAACAAGACCAAGACCAAGUCCACCAAGACGACGAAAGCCAAGAAGAGAGCCGGCCAAUGAGGAGCGCCACGAAUUGUGAGCGCAAUGGCGCAUCCGCACCACCGGGAGGCAAACGAGCGCCCAACGGACUCGACUCGCUGGUGUGAUCAGCCGAGAAAGAGCGAGUUCGCGUUUUCCUUGGUCUUCGGCGAGAGUGCUUUUUGGGCGUCAACGUGGUCUCUUUUUGGAACGUGCCUUUUUUUUUAACUCUUUGCGGUCACUCUUUAACGCCGUCACAGCAAGACAACUAACGUUGGUAUUUUUGCAUAUUUAUUGGCAGCAGCAAUGAAAAAGGAACACGGGAGCAGUAGCAACUUUUUUUCACUUUGUGUCGGUAAUAUUUCACCUCAAAGGACCAAAUUGUAUUUAUACUCUACCACAUUUUUAUAUGUAGUGCUUCCGUCAAAGGCUUUUCUUUUUAAUCUUCACUUUAGAUGACACAAACCCGCACGUUUAUAACAGAUCUCUUUCUUUGUUUGCACUCUGCUGCUUUCGUUUGCCAUUCAACUACAGUACCACCAAAAUCCUGAUGGUUUGUUUUUUGGUUGUUGUUUUUUUUUGUUUGUUGCGCACCAAACUGUGGGAUUCAGCCGCAAUAAUUCACUCACAAUUUUUCAGAGAAAAUGUUGUUUUGUUCCUUAAGUAAAAAAGUGACAUGGUUAAAAAUUCUACCCGAUUCCUUUUUUUAAGUCGUCGUAAAAACAAAAA